AAGUAAAUCAUAAAGCAAAUCAGUUUACAUCCGUCUGUUUACGCUGUGUAUGCAAAAAUUGAAUUAACCAUUAAUUACUGAUUUCAUUUUUACUCAUUUCUUUUCUCUCUUUUAUUCAUAUUUGCUGUUAGAAUGGCUCAAAUUGCUUAUCAAUUUUUAAGCAAAUUUAAAACAAAAAACCUCUUGUAUCAACAGUUUAUCAUUGAACUUGUAGGAACAUUCAUUCUCAUAGUACUAAUUGAUAAUGCCGUUGCAACCUACACAUUUGGCCAUCCAUCAGAUCAUUUUGCUAUAGCUACAACAGCUGGAGUUGGUUUGUACAUUGCAGUUGUAUUUGGAGCCACAGUCUCAGCUGGUCAUGUGAAUCCAGUUGUCACGUUUGCCCUCGCCACUUUGCGUAAAUGUCCUUGGAAGUCUGUUCCAGUCUAUUUUGCUGGACAGUUUAUUGGAGGAUUUGCUGCAACUGUGGUUAGCUUUGCCAAUCAAAGGUUAGCCAUUGUGGCACGAAGUGGACUUAAUGGCACUUUUCCCAGUAAAACUGCUUCUCUAUUCAUGUCUAACCCAGGAAUUCGUCCUGUUGACCAUGAAACUGUGAUUCUUGAUCAAGUUCUUUGUGUUGGUAUUUUAAUGUUUGCCAUUAUGGUAUUGAUUGAUGGAUCCAAUAAUCACAACUCAAAGAGUGCAACACCUUUUGGUCUACUUUUUGUCCUUAUAGCCGUCAUUCUAGCCUUCGGAUCCAAUGCAGGUGCUGCUAUCAAUCCUGCUCGUGAUUUACCAGCUCGUCUAUUUGGUUUCAUGAUUGGUCUGGGCGAUAUGUGGUCAGACAUGUUUUGGUUAACAGCAAGCACAAUUGGUACUUUUCUUGGUGCUGUAGUAGGAGCCUGGACUUACUAUUUGACGGUUGAAAUUCACAGGAUUAAUGACAACGCUGACCUGAGAAAUGGAUCUGCAAACGAUUUAAAUUUGACCGAAUUGAGGACCACACUUGACAAAUUAGAAGCUCUUGUGGAUGCUGAAAAGGGAUUGAAAAGUCACACCAAACUUUUAGAUUGAUUGUCAAAACAAUAAAGUAUAAUUAUGAUAGAUUCCCAUUGAAUUGAUGAGUCUUUAGAAAGCACCAAUUGUUUUGAAAAAUUGACAUUUUAUAGCAACAAAUGCUUUCUAACACUUCAAUUUAAUUUGAAUCCAUUUUAAAUAUUGUAAAAUUAAUUGUUUUCAAACAUUUCAUUUUAAACUUUCCAAUUCAAAGUUAUAAGUUACAUACUUA